UGAGAAAUGUGCACAUCAUAGACCAGUGUAUAAAAGACACGUUGCGGCGUUCACUUGAUUUUUUGAAAUUUAUUUCAACAAUAAAUCCAUUUAUUAUCCAUUUAUUAUUAUUAUUAUAUACUAAUUAUUCAACAAACAAUUAUAACAUUAUUUUAGAUUUUAUCAAAACCAACCAACAAGUAAAGGAAAAAAAAUGCCAACCAAAGCUUUACACAAUGAAUUGCAAUCAUUGCAAACAUUUCAAUUUUGGCAGGUGGAAAACACCGGUUCGUCAUCAUCGAAAAAUGUAAAAUCUUCAUCUGAUGGUUCUUCAUCCAAAAAGGCGAACAAAAAGAAUAAGAAUGCUGCGGCAUCGUCAUUAUUGAUAAAUAAUGUUGAUGAACAUCUUGUCGAUAUGAAUAGCAUCAACAAAAAUGAUAAUGUUUGCAUCGUUCAUCAAUCUAGUCUUCCAGAUCCGAAUUCUACUACUAAAACUACUACUACUGGUAAAGAGCAACCAGAUAUUGAUACAAACAAAGUCAAUUUAAACGAAGUAAUAAUUGAUGAUGAUAAAUGUAUUUGCCCCCCAUAUUAUCAUGAUCAUGAUGAUGACGAUCGUUAUCAUUCAAUCGUAUGUGAUAUAGUGAAAAUAAGAAAGAUUAUUCAAUUAACAUUAGAUUCUACCGGUGAAUGUCGUUCGCAAAGUGGUCGUGGAAGCGAUGAUCGAAUUCAAAAAUUGGAAAAACGUGUUUCUGAAAUGGAGUCGACUAUCCUGAAGCUGACAGCUACGCUUUCACAAUUGAUGGCCACUUGUGAAGGCCAACAACAACAACAGCAACAACAAAAAUUGGUUAAUAAACAAGCACCGACACCACCCAAAGCAAAACCUGCACCAGCUGAUGACGAUGAUGAUGUCGAUCUUUUUGGUUCCGAUGAUGAUGAAGCAGCCAAUGAACUUCGACAAAAACGACUUGACGAAUAUGCGGCUAAGAAAGCUAAAAAGCCUGCUGCUGUAGCCAAAUCCAGUGUUGUACUUGAUAUCAAACCAUGGGACGAUGAAACCGACAUGAAAGAGAUGGAACGUUUAGCUCGUACCGUAGAAAUGGAUGGUCUUGUUUGGGGUGCCUCUAAACUUGUACCGUUAGCUUUUGGAAUCAAAAAAUUGCAAAUUGUUUGCGUAAUUGAAGAUGAAAAAGUGUCGGUAGAAGAAUUGAGCGAAAAAUUGACCGAAUUUGAAGAUUAUGUCCAAUCGGUUGAUGUUGCUGCUUUUAACAAAAUCUAGGUUAAAUUAUUUUUAACUCAUGUUUGUAUCCGAUACAAAUUAUUUGUCUGGAAUUAUUUUUUUUAAUAAAAAUGGAAACCUUCAAGUUUGUUAUGAGGGAAUUUUAUUCGACUCA